AUCUUCUAUCUUUUCUUCUGAUUAAUUAUAGACUGAAGGCAAACGUAAUAACGUAUCUUCUUUCUUUAAAACUAAUUUGAGAUUGUGUUCAACGUGAUUUUCGUAUAAGAUCCAAAGUACCUUUUCCGAAUAAGAAUAAAAACCGAGGCCCUUGGUCUAAAACUGACUUUUCUUCGUGUAAACUACAAAUUGGGACUCAGAAAAUGACAUUACGCACUCCUGCUAUCCCCGACGAUUUUCCACAUUUUGCUGCUUGGUAUGGCGGGACUCCGGAUUUCCAACAUUUAGUGCACGAAAAGGAUUACAGCUGUGCCGAUUCCUGGUUUAAGUUGAGGCAGUUGGUUGAUUGUCGAUACUACAUGAAGUGGCAAUAUGCGGAUAGUAAGAGCUAUACGGCGGGCGCUUAUUUCAAUGCGGUGGAAGACAUUGGGACUUGCAGGCGAAUUGCCAGUAUGGCACCUGAAGACAGACCAAAGGCACAUCAAGAGUGGUUCUUAAAACGGAAUGGAGGGAAUAAGAAUACGGUUUUUGAUUAUAGGAAACCGCCGAGGAGCUUGGGGAGAUGGGAUGCGAUGCCGAAUUCAUGAGAUCAUGUUGCUUAACGAUAGUUGUUAGAUGCUUCUUCUUGAUCAGAUCAUGAAUACGAUGUCCACCAGUAGAUCCGAAAGAUCAAAGCUCGAGUGGCGAUAACUAACCACCUGACUAACAAGGACAGGGAGCCUCUACAAGAAAGACUACCGCCAGUCACCGCGCAGAAACCUUGGAACAGAAACGAUAAGAGAAGAGAACGUCAAUAGUUGUCUUGCUCACAUCGAAGCGAAGAUCAAUCCUACAUCUAAUCUUAGAGGGUAUAAUUACCCGUCUCAUAACAAGAUGCUAGAUUUUCCUUCAUGUUGAACCAUGAUGAUGAUAUCAACCGCUAUAUUGUUAUUGAGUUAGAGCUCGGAGGGCG